CCAGCAAAUGUGUAAACCUGGAACUAUUAGAAACCGGUAGGCUAUAUGAUGUUUAUUGUUUCUUUCAUGUUCAGUCUAUUUUGAUACUGUGGGUUUAUGUUUAAUUCUUAUCCACUGGUUCCCGUUCUGUCGUAAUUACGGGCAUUACCAAAUUCAAGUCCUCAUAAAUGUAGGCUACAUAUCGUUUUAAUUCACAUUCACAUAUAUAUCGCAUUAAUUCUUAUAUUAUGAUAUUAUAUUUCAUUUAUAUUUUGUCAUUUGUUUUAUCAAAAUUAUACCAAGGCAGUUUUAUUGCUGUGUAAGUAGUUAUAGACAAACCCAUGUAGUUCUAUGGGUCUCGCGGUUCGCUUCACACUUAAAAUAGGUUUAUACAUAUUUUUAACGCAGUGGCUUUAGUUCCCAUUUUGACGGGUCCAUAUAGCUCUCCGCAUAUCUGCAGCUCCCAAUGCGCCCAUUGUGACUUUUUGAUUUCUUGUGCUACAAACUUCCGCCCUUGUCACACACAGCAGGAGCCCUCGGUGUGAAGCUGCGGAGCGGCCAGGCUAGUCGCGGUAGCCAUUAGAGCCGAUCCCGGCACGUGUCCCGCUACCGGAGCCUCUCCCAAAGCAGGGUGUGUUACUUUCCCCUGCCGAAGCGCGGGGCACCAACCCCUGUCGCCGUGACGUGAGCCGGAUUCCUAACGUCAACAGCCUCCAGAAAAGCAGCCGGGUCGCAGCAGCGGCGCUCUGGCGGCCAACAUAUGAAUGCCUCGGACACCCAGCUUCUCCCGAAAGAAUAACUAUAUAAAAAUAGACGUAUGCAAAAGCGAUCCGGGGCAGAAAUGUCGUUUGCGGACCAAACCCAGUUCACCCCGCUGGUGGUAUGUGAGUUAGCGGAGGACACCAAAGAAGAGGCUGUGGAGUGGUUAUUAAGCAGAAUAAAAGAAAAGCAACGUAAUGGAGGAGCUGAGUUCCAGGUCAGUCGGCUCCUACCAGCGCUGUCCCAGGAUGAUAAAAAGGAGAACCCCAACAUUUUCCUGGUGGGGGCCUCCUGGCAGAGGCUCCUGAUUGGUGCAGAGGAUCUGGGUCUGAUCAAGGAGUUCAGUGACGGCUCCAUGCGAACCUUCACCUACGCCAACCGGGAGGACUUUAAGGACUUCCAGGGGGACGGCGAUGGCUUCCUCAGCAUGGCAGAGUGCCAGCUCAUCAUCAAGCAUGAGUUGGACACCCUGCGGGCCAAGCAGGAAACGUACGUGCCCGGCUACCCCAAGAUCAAGCUGUACCCGGGAAAGUCAAUCGUGCGUCGGAUGCACUCCAAAGGGAUCCUUCUCCAGAUCUUCCCUCUCCAUGAUAAAGAGGAGUUGAAGAGGUUGUCCUCCACCUGGUACCAGCAGAUCAGAAUGGCUUUCCAGCCUCUCGAUGACAUCCGGCGCUACUUCGGGGAGAGCCUGGCCCUGUACUUCGGCUUUCUGGAGUACUUCACCUUAGCUAUGCUCCCCAUGGCCAUCAUUGGGAUUCCCUACUACUUCUUUGACUGGGAGAACUAUGACAACUAUGUAGUCUUCGCCAUCUGCAACCUGAUUUGGACCACGGUGAUGCUGGAGAUGUGGAAGCGAUUCGGGGCCUGCCUGGCGUAUAGCUGGGGCACGCUGUCCAGGAAGAAGGCCUUCGAGGAGCCACGGCCCGGCUUCCACGGCGUCCUGGGCCACAACCCCGUCACGGGCCGCGAGGAACCUGUCUACCCCAACGCCAAGCGCCAUCUGCGCAUCUACCUGGUGUCGUUGCCGUUCGUGCUGCUGUGCCUCUACGUGUCCCUGUGCGUCAUGAUGGUCUACUUCGACGCAGAGGGCUGGGUGCUGGGGCUGCAUGAUGUUGAGCCCACGUUCUGGACAGGCCUGCUCCUCUUCCUGCCCAGUAUCGUCUAUGCCGUGGUCAUCGAGAUCAUGAACCGUCUCUACCGCUAUGCUGCCGAAUUCCUAACCGAUUGGGAAAAUCAUCGUCUAGAGUCAACGUAUCAGAACCAUUUAACUCUUAAAGUUUUGGUGUUCAACUUCCUGAACUGUUUUGCCUCCUUGUUCUACAUCGCGUUCGUGAUGCAGGACAUGCCUCUGCUCCGACAGAGUCUCGCCACGCUCCUGAUAACGUCCCAAAUCCUGAACCAGUUCUUGGAGGCCUUCCUCCCCUUCUGGCUCCAGAAACGCCGCAACAAGCGGGUCCAGAGGAAUGAGAGCCAAACCGCCCUGGGCUCCAAGCUCCCCUUUGAGAAACAGGUCAUGCUGGAGGCGGACAUGAGCACCUACCUGGGUACGUUCGAUGACUACCUGGAGCUCUUCUUACUCUUUGGUUAUGUCAGCCUCUUCUCCUGUGUCUAUCCCAUCGCCGCCCUGCUGGUGGUGCUCAACAACGUCACGGAGAUCUACUCGGACGCCCUCAAGAUAUGCCAAGUGUUCAAGAGGCCCUUCUCUGAGCCCGCAGCCAACAUCGGCGUGUGGCAGCUGGCCUUUGAGUCGAUGAGCAUCAUCGCCGUGGUAACCAACUGUGCGCUGAUUGGCAUGUCGCCGCAAGUGAAGUCAUACUUCCCUGAGUCGGAGAGCCAGCUCAUCCUGCUGGUGGUGGCGGUGGAGCACGUAUUCCUGGUGUUGAAGUUCAUCCUGGCGUUUGUGAUCCCUGAUAUUCCCAAACACAUCCAGAUCAAACUGGCUCGUGUGGAGUUCGAGUCCAUGGAGGCCCUGAAGAAAAAGAAAAUGCUGGAAGCACCAGCGACACCGAUCAAAGGCCAGUGACGACGCAUCCCGGCGACACGGCGGACGCGGGCAGCUGAGGCGCCGUCCCAGGGAAGCCAGCGGCAUUUACAAGCUGACUCCCCAUGCUGGGAUACCGUCGGACCCAGUGCCGUUAAACUGUACACUUUGUCUCUCUUUUUGAAGCAGUCACAGCUAGCGGAAGCCAUCAGGGUGAGAAUCAAUGUCAGUUCUACUGAACAGGAUGUCCUGGGGAGCUUUGUUAGAUUAUUAUGGUCGGUUUCCGUUGAGCUGUGACUGACACGCUUUAAACGAAGCCCUUGCUUCACUACAGACUGGUGUUCACGGCCAAGCCAAUAUUGCAUGACCUCCCUUUCGUUAUUUAUUUACCUGCAUUUCUGUUAAUUGCGUGAUGCAAAUGGGCUAAAUACCACCGCAGCUCCUCUGCUGGGAAUCAUUGUGGUUAUGAGCGCAGGUCACUGACUGUUACGCCCCCUGCUGCACACACCCUGCGUUGUCACGCUCCAGUUCCCGUCGGAAGGUCGGUGCUCAUACUGUCCGGAGGGAUCUUGGCACUUUGCUCAGGAAUUGCAGGCCAGGAGUCGUCCAAAUAUCCAGGGACACCAGAGAGUGUGUGACACUGACUCGGGGACUGUUGGGACCCCAUGUGGCAUGUAGUCCCCAUUUCUUACUGUCCUGCUGCAGAUCAGUACCCCAAGACGCGCAUGUGAACAGUCUACAACAGUGAAUCUGCCUUGGUCAGCAUUUUGUGUGCAAACAGAGAUAAUAACGGCAAAUGCUCUUUCUGGGUUGUAAAAAUGCUUAGCGGUCGUCUACUAACAGAUCAAACUGGCAGCUUGACGGAAAAGAUGCAUUUGAUGGUUUAAUUUGGGGCUAUCUUUAAAGUAGCCAGUAGUUAGAUGGGAGCAGGGUGCUGGUUUGAUUACCCCUCGCUGGUAGAAAUCGAUUUCCGUGAAGCUCCCGGGAAAAGAACAAACUCGACUGACGCGCCAAACCCCUUUGUUCAGCUGGGGCUGAAAAUGCUGAACUCAGACCCAAAGCAAGCAGGUGAGAUGCUGCAGUGUUAAUCGGGAAGAAGGGAAACGGCGGCUCCACACUGCUGCCAGCCUGCUCCUGGUGUUGAAUGAAAGAGGGUGCCUUUGAAUUCUGCUCAAUAAAAUGUUAAACUGCAUCAA